UCCAUAACCUCAAAUUGAGAUAACUUCCAAUAGCAGUUUUAUAAAAGUGAAUAGAAAACGCUUAUUGUUAACAAGUUAUUAUGUCACUCGCGCGACGAGGACAGCAUUGGGGUACAUUCGCCCGCAUUUGGCAUGUGUACGAUGCAAAAUGGCAAGAUCCAUAUAAGAGUGCUGAAAUGUUAAAACAUUAUCUUCUGGGAACGAACAAGCCAAUAUAUCAUCCACUAAACAAUUGCGGCGAUCAUGUAGUAGUAAUAAACAGCAAGGAAAUUGCCUUACGUGGAGACGAGUGGCAAAAACGUGUAUACUUUCAUCAUACUACAUAUCAUGGAGGUGCCACUUGGACUCUUGCAUGGGAAUUACAUUCUAAGGAUCCAACUUUGAUUGUAGAAAAAGCUGUAUACAGAGCAUUACCGAAGAACUUACAACGAAGGCACAAUAUGCAAAGAUUACACAUAUUCCCAGAUGAAAAGAUACCUGAAGAUAUGUUAAAAAAUAUUAGUAAUCAAAUCAAACAACUAAGGGAUGUCCCUGUACGACUAAAUCAUAUUCCAAAAACGGAAAUAGAUAGCUUUCCACAACUUUUAAGAUAUCCUAAAAAUCAUAUUCUUAAAUAAGUUUAAUACUAUAUGAUAAUAUAGUCAAAUAAUAAUAUAUAUUUAUACUGUAUAUAUUAAUACCAAAACCU